AUGGAGAAGUUUUCCAACUACCGGGACAAGGCGACCGGUAUUUCGCCGUUUAUGCCUGUUGAGCCUCCAAAGAGCUCUGUGGCGUUGUUGCCUUUACGUGUGAUCUAUUUUAUCCUGAAGUUGCCGCUAAUUUUAGCUGGGUUCUUCUUUGCGUUAGUCUCGCCUGCGAUGGGGUCAAACUUCUUGUUAUUGAUUGUUGGCGGCCUCAAUCUGUGUACCGUUUUGGUGGAUGGGGUGAAAAAACGGGCCGUGGACACAAUUUCCAAGAGUUUGCCUAAGCCUGGUGACAUUGUGUUUGCCAAUCACAUCACCCCUAUGGAUGGAUACAUUUAUCAGAUUGUCGCUAAUAGAUCAGUUUACAUUGUCAAGGCCGACCCUGAAGGAUUCCUCCACCUUUAUUCCCCAUUCAAACUUUUUUGGAACUCCUUUGAUGAAUCUUUGGAAUCGAAAGGUAAACGAGUCAAAUCCCUUGAUGAGUUGAAAGAUAGACCAAUUAUAAUUCUUAUGGAGGGGACAACAUCGAAUAAUAAAGGUCUUCUUCCAUUCAUUAAUGUCUUCUCACGCGGUGGACAUUACAAGCUCGAUGGUAAUAUCAAACUGUUGGUGAUCAAGAUUAAUCCAGGCUAUCUUACAUUGGCGUUACCGAAUAUAACGCCACUUCAAUACUGUUUCAGAUUGUUUGCGACUCUCAAUACCAAAGACAACAAUAUUAAAGCCAAAAUUCAUAAAUUCGAGCUGUAUGAUGUCAAGGCUGUUCGUGGAGCAUUCGAGGAAAAUGGCUUGCCCCUUUUGGCCAAUAAUUUGACCGUCGCCACCAAGCGCAAACUCAUUGCAGAUUACAAAGAAUCUUCAUCAUAG